AUACCAUAAAUACACACAUAUAUAAGUAAUCACAAUCUACCAACUCUGCUUUUUCUCUUCCAUAAGUCCACAAUAUUCAAGAUUUAGUCUUCUGAUUUGCUCUCUCCCUCUUCUUUCUUUUCUUUUCUUCUGCAUUUUCUUGAUUAUACGAUGAAUGGAUACAGAGAAGACAAUAGUUGUUGGUGUUAUUUCCAUCCAAAAGAGGAAGUUAUAGGAGUUUGCCCUCUUUGCCUUAAUGAAAGGCUUCUUAUAUUGGCUGCAAAGCAAGGACAUGGCCACUACCUUCCAUCUUCUAAAGCUUCUCAUUCCAGAAAGCCAUCAAUAAGCCUCCCUAAGAUCUUCGCUUUGGGUUCUUUUCUAAAUCGCCAUUGGAAGUCUGAUGUCUCUGAUAAAUCUGAUGCCUCCACCAGCCCAGAAGAGUCUUUUAUAUCAAUUAAGUUUGAAGACAAUGGAGCUGCCUUAUGGGAAAAGGGCACUGCCUCUAGUAAGGUCUCUAUGGAGCAAUACACUAAGUCCUACAGCCAUAGUAAUAAUAACAACAGUAACAAGGAAUUAGACAAACAAGGCAAAGACAACAGGGAAAAAACAAUGAGCGUGAUAGAGCAUGCAAAACCGCGUGCCUCGCUGAGGUGGCGAAAGCGGAUUGGUCAUUUAUUCCAACUCAUCAGAUGGAAGAGGUCUAGCAGUGGAAAUGUGUGCCAUGUAGGCACCAAAGUUGAGGGAGUCAAGAUAAGGAAAGGCUGGAUAAGGAAUCUGACAAAGCGAAGGAGCAAAGAAUAAGAAGAAGAAUUCUAUAGAACGAGACAUUAGCAUUUUCUUCUUUAAUUUUUUGUGGGUUUUCUUCAUGGACUCUCAAGGUAUGUAUUAUUGAGAUUGUAGAGUCAAUAUAUAUAAGCUUUAUUAUCUCAGUCUCUUCUAGCUAUCUAGAAAAGAAUUUGCCUAUGUCAUUCUUGAUUUCUCCCU